UCUUUUUUAUCUAAACCCCGUCAUUUCCUCACUUACAUACAUCAUAAAAAAUAGUUAAAAUCAAAAUCUUUAUCUAUCUCUAUCUAUCUAUCUAUAGUUUGUAGUAUUAUUAACUAAUAAAAAAAGAAAUAAAGAUGAUGAUGGUUAAAAGGUUGGUGAAAUCAGCAAGAUCAUCAUCAUCAUCAAUAGCAGCCACCCCUGCUGCAUUUCGUGCCUCUUUUUCAACUUCUAUGUUGUUUGAUGAUACCCAGAUUCAGUUUAAAGAAAGUGUUGCACAAUUCGCCCAAGAGCAUAUCGCUCCUCAUGCUGAAAAAAUAGACAAAACGAAUUAUUUUCCUGAGAAUGUGAACUUAUGGAAACUAAUGGGGGACUUUAAUCUUCAUGGAAUCACUGCCCCAGAGGAAUAUGGAGGACUGGGUCUCGGUUAUCUAUAUCAUUGCUUAGCUAUGGAGGAGAUUAGCCGUGCAUCAGGAUCGGUUGGGCUAUCCUUUGGUGCCCAUUCUAACCUCUGCAUCAAUCAGCUGGUGAGAAAUGCAAAUGCUGCACAGAAGGAAAAAUAUUUGCCUAAGCUAAUCAGUGGGGAACACGUCGGAGCUCUUGCAAUGAGUGAGCCGAAUGCUGGUUCAGAUGUUGUUGGUAUGAAAUGCAAAGCAGAUCUUGUUGACGGUGGUUAUGUUUUAAAUGGGAACAAGAUGUGGUGCACCAAUGGUCCAGUUGCUCAAACCCUGGUGGUUUAUGCUAAAACAGAUAUUGCUUCUCGGUCAAAAGGGAUAACGGCAUUUAUUAUUGAGAAAGGGAUGCCCGGGUUCAGUACUGCCCAAAAGUUGGACAAACUUGGGAUGCGAGGAAGUGAUACAUGCGAGCUUGUUUUUGAGAAUUGCUUUGUUCCUCAUGAGAAUGUUCUUGGUGAAGUAGGAAAAGGAGUUUAUGUGAUGAUGUCGGGUUUAGAUUUAGAGAGACUUGUACUAUCAGCUGGACCCAUUGGCAUCAUGCAGGCAUGUCUUGAUAUUGUUCUUCCUUAUGUACGCCAACGAGAACAAUUUGGCCGCCCAAUUGGAGAGUUUCAACUUAUGGAGGGAAAAAUUGCAGACAUGUAUACAUCUUUGCAGUCUUCAAGAUCCUACAUGUAUUCUGUGGCAAGACAAUGCGACAAUAAAGUACUUGUUCCAAAGGAUUGUGCUGGAGUUAUACUCGUUGCUGCUGAAAGAGCCACCCAAGUUGCUCUGCAGGCAAUUCAAUGUUUGGGUGGCAAUGGGUACGUAAAUGAGUACCCGACUGGCCGGUUGUUACGAGAUGCAAAGUUAUAUGAGAUUGGGGCCGGAACCAGUGAGAUUAGAAGGAUCAUUAUUGGCCGUGAACUCUUCAAGGAACAAUAAGAAUUAAAUCUCCUAGAUAGCUCUUUUAUUUAACAUACCCCAAAAAAAUGUACAACUUUUUAAAGGAUUCGUAUAUAAUUGAUUCUAGCAAAGAGAAACAAGGAAAAGUAUUUUACUCUUUCCUUCACAGGUGAAAAUCAUAUGUUCGGAUAUUAACAGAAUAUUUGAGUUAUAUAAUACUUUUUGGGGUUUCCGAACAA